AUGUAUCGUACCGGUAACGCGGACGCAGCUGUGACGGCGCUGUUCCGGUCCAUUUUCGUGCUCGCUGGAAGCAUGAGAGAAAUAAACCAACAUCGUUCCCGAGGGAUAAACGGCUUGUCGAUAUGGCUUCCCUUGCCGCCAGCCAGACUGCGUCGUGGGCCAGAGCGCUCAGCAAGCCCCGAUUCCGCACCAGAAGCUGAGGCCCUAACGGUUCGAUUCCACUAUAGAAAACCGCCGAUUUUAUUCACCCUUCGCCAGGAAUUGGGACCACUGCAAAAAGCCUUCCAUCAGCUCACCACAGCUACGACCAAACAGUCGGUACCGUAUUGUACACGGGCUGCAAAGCUUGACUCAACUCGCACCAUGCUAUCGUGCCGUCAGCCCUAUCAGUGCUUGAUAUCACGUCCCCACGCCCGACCCAAGCUUUUCCCUUAUCCCGCGCCCGCGAUUGGGCGAGAUAACAUCGCCCCACAGCUCUAA